AUAAGCAAUUCACAUUCCCAAUUAUAAUUCAGUAGAAUAUUAACAAUUUUGACUAGGUUGUACAAUGAACAUUUAUUAUUAACAGUCCAAAUAAUGAGAAAUUUCGGCACAGCAAUUUUAAUCGUCGGCAUAGUGAGAAGAAUUUCGGCUACUACUGACACAACAAUGGAUAUCAUAAAAUCAACGUCAGAAAUUUUCAAGAGAGCAAGUACGAGUACAAAUAUCUUUGAUGACGGUAUAGACGCAGCUAUGAGUUCGAUCUUCGUUAAUGUAUAUAAAGGAAAAUAUAAACAUAUAUUUGGUGAAAGUAAUACUAAACCUAUAUCGCCUAUGACUACCCGAGCGUCGACGCACGCGGCGAUCACGGUUGCAAAAGCGAAAACUAAAAAUAAUAUGUCAGACUCAUUAUCUUUAGAAGAUUUCUACAUCCAGAAACGUUUAAAAGACGUAGAGGUCCUGCUGGAUAAACGAACAGAAAUUCCCAAAUUCGAUCCAAACGUCGACGAACUAAACGUAGAGACACGACGAUUCGAUAGAAUGCAAUCAGAGAAAAAGUACUUACGAAGUAGCAUAGAAUUGGACAAAGACUAUAUUGAAGUCCAGAAGAGAAGAACAAUAAGUUUGAUGCAGCAAUUCAUCUACGAGACGAGGUACCAGCUGCCUUAUGCACAGAUGCUAAGGAAGAAGUACAUAAAUAACUUAAGGUACAAAAUGGGUUACUGCUUUGCGUUGCUGAGGACACUGAAGCAGCAACAGCUACUAAUUUACACGACCUUAGAGAAGAAUUGGUUGAACAUGAUGCAUAUACUUAUACACCUAAAGUUUUACGAAAAGAUAAUGAGACUAGAUGUCGACAUAAUGGAUGUAGUCAAGUUUAUAAGACGAAUGCAUAAAACGUAUGAGGAUGAAUUGAACAAAAAGAAGAAAAAGAAAAAAGAUAAAAUUGAAAUACCUAAAGAGAAUUUUAUUCUAGAGAAUUAAUCAAAAAAUAUUU